ACAUAAUGGAAUUUUUAGGGCUAGAAAGCGAGCGAGGUCUGGCGCUGCGCAUAGCAGUCGUGCCAUCGGGAAAAGACAAUAUCGUCCGCGCGCAGGAGAGACACUCCAGAGCCCCUCAGGCACAACAGCUCAAGUGGUCAACUGAUAGAGUGACUGAUACACAAGAAGGGGGAAAGGAAACAGGAUCACAUAGAAAUAAGGAUCAGCUGAUUUCCUCAUGUUUGGAUUUGACUGUUCAACAAUCGUAAAUGCGUAACGCUCAACACUCCCUCAUGUGAGGGUGUAGAAUGGAAACAACCCUCUACCCAGGCACCGUGGUGAAUACUCCGAGGGUCUCCAGCAUCUACUCCCAGAGCACGAUGAUGAAGAAGGAAAUUAAUCUGAACCUGGACGACCAGAACUCCGAGCUCAAAUCAAACCCGCUACGGGACACAGACGGACUUCUCAACUCCCCAGACUUGGGACUCUUGAAACUAACCUCCCCGGACCUGGAGCGCCUUAUUAUCCAGUCAAACGGUCUGGUCACCACCACCAACCCGGCCUCCCAUUUCCUAUACCCGAAGUCAGCCAGUGACGAGCAGGAGUUCGCUGAAGGUUUUGUCAAGGCACUGGAGGAUCUUCACAAGCAGAAUCAGCUGAGCGAGGCGGGGUGCGUCUCCGUGGAUAGACUGGAGCUACUCGGAUCAUCCAACGCAGUCGGGUCCGUCGGGCUUCAGACAUCAGACCUCCCUGUAUACACUACUUUGAACGGCUAUGCGGCCAGUCCGCUCGGAGCCACCUCCAUCAACUACUCCACGGACACCAUCCCCUUCCCACCGCCUCCGUCUCAUCUUGCCAGCGCGCAGCAACAGGCGGCCGCUGCCGCCGCUCUGUCACGACUCCAGUCUACCGGUUUGGUGAAGGACGAGCCUCAGACGGUACCAGACAUGCAGAGCUUCGGGGACAGCCCCCCUCUGUCUCCUAUCGACAUGGACAACCAGGAGCGCAUCAAGGCGGAGAGGAAAAAGCUGCGGAACAGGAUAGCCGCUUCCAAAUGCCGCAAAAGAAAACUGGAGAGGAUCUCUCGGCUGGAGGACAAGGUCAAGAGCCUGAAAACGCAGAACACCGAGCUGGCCUCCACAGCCAGCGUCCUCAGGGAGCAAGUGGCCCAGCUGAAGCAGAAGGUGAUGAACCAUGUCAGCAGCGGAUGCCAGCUUUUGCCAAACCAGGUCCAGGCUUACUAAAUCCCAGUAAUGGUGCUCUUCGUGGAUUUUUUUAAACAGGUCUAAAUAUGCUCUGAGGAUACAGGCCUGUAUUAUGAGGAACAUUUGCCUUUUGUAACCUAGAAUCCUUAUCAGAGACUUGAUGUGAGGCCAUUGUAAAUGCACCCUCCAGAUAAAGCCUGUAACUGAGAAACUGCACUGCACUGUGUAGAGAUGAACUGGCCUUGAUGAGAGCUGCAAGUGUACUGGGAAAUGACCAGUUAACCAGCAGCAGGUAUGGACUCUCCUGAUUCAUGAAAGGCUGGCAGUGUUGUGCAGCAAACAGACUUAUUUUGUUGCCCUAAUUUUUGGGAAGCCAUGUAGCAAACUGCUAUCCAGUGGACUGGUGUAGCAUUUAUUUGUGUGUAAGCUGUACAAUCUCAUCAAGAGUGCAACCAAACACCAGGGUGUCACCAAGUGCUGUCAUCCACCGUGUAAUAUAAUGCCUUACUUGUUUACAAGCACUUAGCAAUGACAAAUAUAUAUUUUAUUUACUGAAACAUUUCUUAUUUUACAUAUGGUCUUACUUCUUUUUUUUUUUUUUGCAAAAAUGAACACUGCAUGUCUUGUCGCUUUUGUGUACAGUAACCAUUGUAUUUUUCGUUGUGGUGGCUGCUGUGUAGUUCUUCAGUCGCCACUUCCAUGAAUGUAUGUGUAAGUGCUGAGAAACUCUAUGUAUCCAUGUGUAAUGGACUUUAAAGUCUCUACCUGACAUUUAUUAAAUUCACUACAUUACUAAA